CAUAAUGACCAAAGAAACUCCGGGCCUUGUAUUUAACUAAUGGCUAUACUCUCUCCGCCACUGUCUCUCUGUUUCCGUGUCAGACUUUUCUUGGGCUGCUCUCGAGAAUCGUGUAAGCCCCACUGCUAGAUACCCACCUCCCCCUUUAUCCUUGCGACCCUUUGGUUUGUUCCCUUCUUGCAAUGGAGUCCUCUACGAUCAUGGCUAGUAGAGCGACCACUUCCUCUGUUUUCUCCUUUUGUUCAAACCCAAAUUCUAAGAGUACCCAUGUGAAAUUUCUUGCUCAAAAACCUCCCAUACCGUUCUUCGAGACCCAUAAAUGCAUUCAAUCACUAAAAUCCAAUACCCAAAAUCUCAGCUCUCGUUUCGCCUGCUCUGCUGCGACCCUUUCGCCGUCUUCUACCACUGAGCUUGUUCCCUUUAAGCUUCAUCGCUUGAUUGAGGAAUUCGAGUCAAUAUCCGAGCCGGUCGAUAGAGUGAAACGGUUGCUACGUUAUGCGAGUCUUCUUCCUCCUUACAGUGCGAGAAAUGACUCGAAUCGGGUCAUGGGGUGUACGGCACAGGUGUGGUUGGAAGUUAGGAUUGAUCAAGAGGGUAAGAUGAGGUUCGCUGCUGAUAGUGAUUCGGAAAUCUCUAAAGGGUUUUGCUCGUGUUUGAUUUCGGUGCUUGAUGGUGCGUUGCCAGAGGAUGUUCUUAGGUUGAAGAGGGAGGAUUUGGUGGCUCUGAAUGUGGGGUUGCCGGUUCGAGAGCGAUCGAGAGCAAAUACUUGGUACAAUGUUUUGAUUAGUAUGCAAAAGAGAACGAAGGGUUUGAUUGCGGAGCUUGAAGGGAAAUCGCCAUUUGAGGCGUUUCCAUCUCUGGUUGUGAGUGCUGAUGGAAUUCAUGCUAAAGGAAGCUAUGCUGAAGCUCAGGAAGGUACAUGCAUUGUUCAUCAUCUUUUCGGGCACGAAGUUGUGGAGAAGAUAAAUGAAAUGUACUGUGACGCAUUCCUUACUGCUCACUUUGAAGUUCCUGGAGAAAUGUUUGCCUUAGCAAUGGAAGCAAAAAGAAGAGGAAUGGGCAUUGUAGGUUCCACCCAGAACAUAUUAGACUUCAUAAUACAAAGGGUGCAAGAAGCUUUAGACAGAAAUGUUAAUGAACAUCUACAAUUUGUGUUGGGAACAGAAUCUGGAAUGAUAACUUCAAUUGUUGCAGCUGUUCGUAAUUUAUUAAGUUCUUCAAAAACCACUUCUGGAGGAGCAAAGAUCAAUGUAGAGAUUGUUUUUCCUGUGUCGUCGGAUUCAGUGACAAGCACAUCAUCAAGUUCGUCCCCAGGCCGAAAAUCGGUUGCGCUCGGUGAGAUCAAUUUACCUGUAGUACCUGGAGUUUCGAGUGGGGAGGGAUGUUCUAUUCAUGGUGGCUGUGCAUCUUGUCCAUACAUGAAGAUGAACUCUCUCAGCUCUCUUAUGAAAGUUUGUCAAGAUCUUCCCCAUAACAAAGCUGCUAUCUCAGCUUAUGAAGCCAAGACAUUCAAACUGCACACAGUAACUGGAAAAUCAGUUGCAGAUAUUGGAUGCGAACCAAUUUUGCACAUGAGAGAUUUCCAGGCUGCAAAACAGCUGCCGGAGAAACUUGUUCAUCAGAUCAUGAACCGGUAAUAUCAAUGGGGACAGUUUCAGCAAGUCAAUCGGCUGCUGUUGUCCAAGGAUGAUUCUCUCCUGUGAGCCAAGUUUUCCCAUUAGUUUGUUUUAUUCGACUUUUGAAUUGUAUAUUCCUUUAACUUUAGGCUCAAGUUGAGCUCGAAAAUUUGGGUCGUGCCAAUAUAUAUAAUUAUUAUUUCACAAUCACA